AUGGGUAUUUGGCUUUCCACAAUGAAAGCGAAGAUGGCGAAUGACAAGAAAGGCAACCAAGAAGAAGCAGCCGAAGCCUUACAUAUUAUUCAGGAGCUCGUCCGUUCAACGAAGCAUCAGUCCCUUAGAGAGUCAUGUGAGAAGUAUGACUUCCUCGACAUACCUGCUAUCUCAAAAAUCUGUUGCUUUGGUUGGGCAGAAUGUCCUAUUUCUCCUACUCCCGAGACGAUUGCUCCCAUAUUGAAACGCAGAAUCUCCAAAUUCUCGCGGGGUCGUGUCGCUGAAGGGAUCUACAACUUGGCUCAACAUGCAAUUAGCGAGCUUCUCUCCCGGUCAGAUGGGUCGUUUCAAUCUCGAACUUACACGGCGCUCAACCACGAUGGUUAUGGUGGCGUCACCAGACUCGAUAUCUUCUUCUUCGUCUAUCGCUUUACCAGCAAGACUCUUCGAUCUAAAGCAAGUCCUGUCAUUGCCUGCGAAGUCUUGGAAUCGGCUACGAAGGACGAUCGGCUCAACGAGAGCGCUCAAUCUACAGCAAUCUUCAUGACGGUGAAUCUAACGACACAGAAGCGCCUCGCCGCCGCGGUGGUCGGCUGCGGAAAACGCAAGAUCUGGCUCGAUCCCAACGAAGUUAACGAAAUCUCCAACGCCAAUUCUCGCCAAACCAUCCGAAAACUCGUCAGCGAUGGUCUCAUCAUCCGCAAACCUGUUGCUAUGCACUCGAGAGCUAGAGCUAGGGAAUUGAAUGCUGCAAGGAGGAUGGGGAGACAUAGAGGGUUCGGAAAGAGGAAGGGUACCAAGGAUGCUAGGAUGCCGAGCCAAGUUCUAUGGAUGCGUCGCCUACGAGUCCUCCGCCGUCUCCUCGUCAAGUAUCGUGCCGCUGGCAAGAUUGACAAGCACCUCUAUCACGAACUCUACCAUCUCAGCAAGGGUAACACCUUCAAGCACAAGCGCGCUCUGGUUGAACACAUCCACAAAGCCAAAGCCGAAGCCGCCCGUGAGAGAGCACUCAAGGAGGAAAUGGACGCCAAACGUGCCAAGACCAAGGCUGCGCGUGAGAGACGACAGGAGCGCAUCCAGACGAAGAGGAAUGCUCUGGCCGGCGAGGAUGAGCCAGCUGCGAAGGAGUAG